AUGGAAGGUUGCCAACUCUGUCUGCUCCUGCUGUUGAUCGUCAACGUUGACGUUCUGCAAGGACAAGUAGUGGAAAAUUGCCAAGCUCAUUACUCGGUCAAUGGAAACAACGUCACUAAGCCUGCGUGCAGGCCGGGCGAGGUGUGUAUCGAACUGGACGUGAAGAACUUCACCGUUUACGUGGAGGACAAUUGUGUAAGUGUGUAAUGGGAUGGGGAGACAACCCGAGGACCAAGGGCGUAGCUAGGGGUCGAAACUUCGUACCGUUUUCAUUGAUUUAAAAGAGAGACGAAAUCUCGCAAAAUUAUCGGCAUUUUUUCUCGCCCGAAAUAAUUGCUUUUUCUCGAAAAUGAAGAAGAAAGAUAAGAAAAUGCUUUUUAUCGGAUAGUUACAUUUCGUUUUGAAUGAAUCGCCAAAAAGGGGCGGGGAUUUUUUUCUAUUUUGGAUUGCAACCCAAAAUAGAGCAAAAAUGUCUCCCGCCCACUUUUGAAUUUCGUCCAAACGAAGUGUCAAAAUUCACAAAAGAAAUAAAUGAAUUCCGGGAAAAAUAUUUUUUGAUCGGAAAACCACACGAAAAAUUCAUUUUUGACAUUUCGUUUGAAUUCAACCGGUGCUAGGUGGGCGAAGCGCCGAAACGAGGCGGGAGACUCCCUGGGUUGCAGAAGGGUAUCCCCCUCCCAGGCCGGGGUCGAAAAAAAUGGUAAGGGGGGGGGACCAAGGUAAUUUUCGAGCCGCAAGAAUUUUGUACACAGUGAACCCCCCUUCCAAAUGUGUUUACGGGGUUCCACGGCCGAAAAAAUCGACCGCAAAGUCUAGCCGAAGUGAGCGAGUAAUCCCCUCCCUAUUUUCAGGACUACGUCAAUCCGUUCGAUUACAUGAGCGUUGUAUCGAGUGAGUUUUGUGUCGCACAUCAGUUUAUGGACGAAUUUAGGAUACGAAGGCGGAGGAAACUUUAUUACCAUCAACACGGUUGGUGAUAGAGUGCAGCGGAAGACGGGCAAACGUUAGUAAGGGUUUUUCCGCGUCUUUGUGGAGGUUCUGUUUUGAAAAUACAAGAAGGCAAAUUUAGUAAUGACCCGCCUCUCAGUUGGUCUUCCCGCCAUCAGAUCCCAUCCUACCAUGUCCCGCAGUUCUUCGCGCAGCUGUUCACGAACAGCGUCGAGAUUGUCUCAAUGGGGUAAGUCCGAAAAACCCGGAGCUUAACGACCUGCGUUGGUGGGUCACGAUGGGCAGCUGGGUCAGUCUUUAGUCAGGAGAAACAAAAGCUCGAGGACCCGCAUUGCCGGUCAGCCCCGAAUCCCUAUUGAACUGUAUGCAUAAUUCUUCAGUGGACCAAUCGGUAAAGAAAAGGGUGAAGACGUCUUUCGCAUCCAAACCAUGCUGGAUGAUGCGUUGUCCCUCGACCAAGUGAAGCGCGCCUUUGUCUUCAAGGAGUACCUGUUCCUCAGUCCGACGAAAGCCGUCGACUUUAGGCUUCUCUACGAGCGGAAGGGACCCUUCGUCGGCGAUAGAUUCAGACCAGGACAACUUGUGGAGAACAAUGUUGGCCUGAUCGAUCCCCAGGACAUCCCCAACGAACACAUAGACAUCAAUUUCCUGAAUCUGAUCCUCAAUCAAUGCUUUGUAAGUUUGGGAAAAGUAAUACUGCUAACUAGGAGAGCAACAAGACUUUGCAUGUUUGCACGGUGCGCCGUCGCGCGAAGAACUUGUCGCACGGCGACGAGUAAAUUUCGCGGAGUGCGGGACUUUUUGGCUCGCCUAGUACGGUGCGUUGGCGACAGACCCCUAAACCAAGUUUUUUUCAAAUAUCGAUCGAAUUCACACUCACAACAGAAUUUUUCGUGUGGUUUUUCGAUGGAAAAUAUUUUAUUUCUUUUGUCAAUUGUGACACUUCGUUUGGACGAAACUCAAAAGUGGGCGGGACACAUUUUUGUUCUAUUUCGGGUUGCCGUGUGCCGCGGCGAUGAAAGGCGGAAUAAAGUCUACGCAUUUUAUAAAAAUACUUACCGCAGUACCCGGCCUAUAUUUUCGUAUUUCAGAAAACCGACAAGUACUGUUCGUUGGAUAUCAAAACGGAAUCCUUGGACCUGCAAGAUUAUCCAGUGGCCUUCACCUACGACGAUCUGGUUCUGGAGUCCUUUUGGUUCCAGUAAGUUCGUCUGCUCCGUGUUUUUAUGCCUACCUUUAGAAGAUACUGCGAAAUGCUUCCGAUGUACCGUAUUCGGCACAAGAAAACUGCUCCGAAGUAAGUGGAAUUUUGAGUUGGCUGAGUUGGAAUUUUUAGCGUGAUUUUCGACUUCCCCAAUGUUGAGGGCAUCGUAACGCAUGGAAAAGUGUUUCGGUGGUAAGCAUUACACUCUAUCUGUUUAGGCUACUAGUAAGGGAGUUCUUCAUAGGAAAUCUGCAAAAAGAUUUUUCAGGGAGCAAUAUGAUAUUCACCCGUACACAAGACGUGGUAUCCUGCCUGUAAUCCAGCCGAAAGAUCCCUUUCACGACUUCGUCAAACAGUUCACAACUCCUGCCCCAACGACCACAACCCGCCCACCACCAACCACCACCACUCUGAAGCCCGUCCCGGCCGGUCCCGCCCCAAAAUUCCUUGUAAUCGAGGAGGACUCGGUGGAAUUAGACGGCGGCAGCGUGAUCGAACCCCCAAUCUCGAAGAAUGAACCGGCGAUCUCGAGCCUUCCCGUCAUCUACUACAUGAUUGGCUAUAUCAUUUUUAACUUGAAAAUUUGGAAUAUGUAA